GGAAAGGAAUGGAAGACGUUCAGUGCACCUGCACGUGACCCCAAAAUUUAGUCGGGAAGCUGGGUGUUUCACCUCCAGUGAAAGCAAGUGGGAGUGAUAGGAAAGGCUUGGAAAAAGAUCGAGCAGGGGAAGAGAGAGAUGUCGGCAUCUUCUCUCCCUCCUGCAUAAGACCCUUCCAGUAUGUAAUCGCUGACCUGGAGAAAUAAUGCUCGAGUACAGAGUACGGGGCAGAGUUCCAGGUGUCACUGUGCACCCAACCCCCACGAGCUUUGUGAUUCAUCGCAAACGGCCGAUCCGGGAGGAUGAGUAAACUCCGCAAGUACAGUCGUGUCACAGGACAUAAGUGACCAUGGUGCUCAAUAGUUUGGAUAAGAUGAUUCAACUCCAGAAAAACACGGCUAACAUCAGGAAUAUCUGUGUCUUGGCUCAUGUUGACCAUGGAAAAACUACUCUGGCUGACUGUCUUAUAUCUAGCAAUGGCAUCAUCUCCAGUCGCCUGGCAGGCAAGUUAAGGUACAUGGACAGCAGAGAGGAUGAACAUGUCCGAGGGAUCACGAUGAAAUCCAGUGCCAUUUCACUACAUUAUGCAAAAGGUGAGGAGGAGUACCUGAUUAAUCUGAUAGACUCUCCAGGACAUGUGGAUUUCUCCUCAGAAGUAUCGACGGCUGUUUGCAUUUGUGAUGGGUGCAUUAUUGUGGAUGCUGUGGAAGGGGUCUGUCCGCAGACACAGGCAGUUCUGCGACAAGCCUGGCUCGAAAACAUUGGUCCAGUUUUAGUGAUUAAUAUGAUAGAUCUAUUGAGAGUGGAACUGAAAUUCACCCCACAGAGGCCUAUUCUCACCUUAAGAAUAUUUUAGAACAGGUAUUUUAUCCUUUACUUCGGUAUUUGAAAAAUUGUGGCUCAAAGAAGAGUUGUA